AUGGCCACGAUCUCGGGCGUGGAAGAGGUGUCCCCCGGUUUCUUCAAAGUCCACGAAAGCAUCGGCGGCCACGGCGGCGGCGGCUGGGACGACCGCGACUGGUUUGCCGACCAGGGCCUGGACAUCCGAGACUACCGCGUGGCCAGCCUGAUACUCGAGCCGGCCAUCAAUUGCACCGUGGCGCGGAUCCGGCGCACCUACCGCAGGGCGGAUGACCCGGAUGACGAGGUGUCCCCGCCGGCCCGCGGAUCCGGCGGUACGCACAUCGGCGAUCCCAACGGGGGCAUGUUCGAGGUCCUCCUGGGGCGAGACGAGUUCAUCACGGCCGUGGGGGGAGUGUCGGCGCGCGUGCGGUCAUGCAGCCCGACGGGGAACUGUGUGGACAGGCUGGAGUUGCGGACCAGCGCGGGGCGGCACUUUGUGGUGGACGCGCUCACGGGGGGGUAUCAAGGGGACAAGAUGGGCCAGAAGAGCGAGCUGGCUCCGGCGGGGGGCUACGUGGUGGCGGGCUUCUGGGGCCGCAGCGGCUUCAGCGUCGACAGGCUGGGGCUCUACCUGGCGCCGCUGCGCUGGCGCGCCGCCGUCCAUGGGGCGUUUCCCGCUGACUUCCGGAGCCAGUCCACUGCUGUUCAUGAUUUGCAGUGGAAAUCCGCGGGCUUUGAGCCCUAUUUUGGCAAGUUUGACUGGGAUGGAAAAGGGGUGCCUGGGAUCGGACGGCGCCUAACGUUCCAUGGAAGUGGGUCACUUCUGUUUGUCACACCGUGCAUCACUGACAAAAAAGCUGUUGGAUUAAACAUGGCUGGAGUAAAAGGAUGUCAUCAUGCAGAAUAG